AUGGGUCUCAUCAGAACUGCUCUUAUUGGAGGUGCUGCCUACAAGAUGGGCUCAAAGCACAACAAAGAUAACAAUAACUCAUCGUCGAACUCAACUCCGCCUCCUCAAAACAAUUACUACUACCCUCCAGCUGGGUACCCACCACAACCAAUGUAUGGCGAGCCUCAUUAUGGUGGUCCACCUCCAUCUCAAGGGCACCCACCCUAUGAUCCAGCAUGUGGCUACCCAGCUUAUGCCAGUGGUGGCUACGGCGGCAACGGUGGCUAUCCUCCGCGACAGUCCAGUCGCAGUGUCGAACUGGAUGCCCCCAUGGGUGCCGGGCGAUCAUCAGCAAAUGCGCCUCCUCCAUACCAGUCACAUCCCGCCCAUCAGAGCUCUCAAAACCGCGAUGAGAAAUCGCUCGCAUACCACCAUCAAGGCCAGCAGCACCAGCAACACCAGCAACACCAGCCUCCGCAACAGAACUAA